GUAUUUUUCAUGCUUUUUCAGCAAAUACAUAUGCACUCUAUUUGUUCUGCUUGGCCCUUGAGGACAAACCAUUUCGGGAAAUUUUCGGUGCGUGCAGAGGACGAAGCGGAGGGCAGCCAGUGUGUGUGUGUGAAGUGAUCUUGAUAUCAAUCUUCUCACAACUGAUCACGUUAGGCGGACGAUUCAAAAACAAGAUCAUGACUAGCCUUGGUCAUUUAUGUGAUAGAGCCGAAGAUCCAACCUUGGUGUUUUUGUUUCCGAGGGAGCAGUUUCUGGACCAUGUGAUCGAGCAACACGGACGGCACGUACUCGAAGAUCUUUAUCAGCUUGGCUUAGGCAUCUGGCGGUCGCAUCGAUCAACAGCGUGACGGAGAUCUGACUGUUUCCAUGAAGUAAAACGACAUUGAUCUUCUAUUCAGGGAUAAUGUCGAAAGACUGAAGAUCAUCUUAUGUGCACGACAUGCUUCAUCCUAGGUCUCCAAUUGAAUUACACCCGUUCUUUACCUUGCUAAUUUCAAUCUCGAAUUCUGAUUCGCAGUCUCGUUGGUGCUUUUCAUUUGCAUUCGCGAUGUCUCUUCAUAUCGAUAGGCAUUAGUUUAUUCGAGCACACUUGUAGAUCAGAUUUUUGUUUCUUUCGAGUUUCGGUUUCAAGCAAUUGCCAGUACAGUUUUCGAGAACAAUAGGUCUACUACAACGUGUGGCUCCACAUUGGGUUUAGGGUUUAGGGAAGAUGGUGCGGUGCCG